UUCAGAGAAUGGCCAAAAAGAAUGUUUAUUAAGCGCCAACCCUUUUUGGCACUGUGCAACACGCUUGUCGUAUAUACACACGAGAUAGGUAAAUAUAUGGCUUGCCCUUUAUAUAGUUAUAUGGAUCAUAUAGUUACUAUAGUUUAACCUUUACCACGCUGAGAACGGACGCCCUUGUACAAUUUACCCAAAGCAGGGUCCGUAUGCGGGAUUCCUCAGUCACUAAGCCCAAGACGCUCUCUAGUAUGUCCAUCCACUGCCUUUGACUAGUUUGUUUAGGGGACGUUUGCGGGGGGGGGGGGGCUGGUUUCCUUAGGAAGGUUUUAUUCUAGGAGAGCAAUUUACUGGCGAUCCCAAAACACAGCCGUCCUGUUUCCCUCACCUUGAACAAGCAAGGCAAUUUCUUCAAUCUUUAUAAAAGGGGUGAUCUGGCCUAGGAUGGCGGAAUGAGCGGCGCAGAGGUGCGUGUUAAGCGCAGGCUCAAGGCCCUAAGGCCCGGCCGCCAGGGAGGCCGCUCUGGCCCAUCCCGGUGCCGGUAAAGCGGGGGCAGAGCCUCGGGUAACUGACAUAUCUUGGCUUCCUCAGGCACCAGGCCCUUUAAGAAGAUCGAGCUGAGUCAUCACAUCAGGAAAGUCUUUCUCCUCUUUCCACGCAGGGUUCAACCUUAUUUCCGUACGGAAAGAGAAUUAAAAAAAAAAUUCCAGGGCAAUUCGCACAGAAAGGUCAAACUCGUCCCGGGGCCGCUGGAAGGCCGCACCGACCAAUGAGCUCCUGCCACGUCACAGACCUCGCCCUCGAGCCGGCAGCGGUCUCUGCCACGCGUCCCUGACCCGGAACUAAAAGACCUGCGCGGCGCGGGAUUCUGGCGUCACCUGCAGUACAGCUAUGGCGGCACAGGGAGCAGCUGCGGCGGUUGCGGCGGCGACUUCAGGGGUCGCGGGGGAGGGCGAUCCCGGGCCCGGGGAGAAUGUGGCGGUCGAGGGGACCGCCCCGUCCCCGGGCCGAGUCUCUCCUCCGACCCCGGCGCGCGGCGAGCCGGAAGUCACCGUGGAGAUCGGAGAAACGUACCUGUGCCGACGCCCGGACAGCACCUGGCAUUCUGCUGAAGUGAUUCAGUCUCGAGUGAAUGAUCAGGAAGGCCGAGAGGAAUUCUAUGUACACUACGUGGGCUUUAACCGGCGACUGGACGAAUGGGUAGACAAGAACCGGCUGGCGCUGACCAAGACAGUAAAAGAUGCCGUGCAGAAGAACUCGGAGAAGUACCUGAGUGAGCUGGCUGAGCAGCCUGAGCGCAAGAUCACUCGCAACCAAAAGCGCAAGCAUGAUGAGAUCAACCAUGUGCAGAAGACCUAUGCCGAGAUGGACCCCACCACUGCAGCCUUGGAGAAGGAGCAUGAGGCGAUCACCAAGGUGAAGUAUGUGGACAAGAUCCACAUCGGGAACUACGAAAUCGACGCCUGGUACUUCUCCCCAUUCCCCGAGGACUAUGGGAAACAGCCCAAGCUGUGGCUCUGCGAGUACUGCCUGAAGUAUAUGAAAUUUGAGAAGAGCUACCGCUUCCACUUGGGCCAGUGUCAGUGGCGGCAGCCUCCAGGGAAGGAGAUCUAUCGCAAGAGUAACAUUUCUGUGUAUGAGGUAGACGGCAAAGACCACAAGAUUUACUGUCAGAACCUGUGUCUACUGGCCAAGCUCUUCCUGGACCACAAGACGUUGUACUUCGAUGUGGAGCCCUUCGUCUUUUACAUCCUGACUGAGGUGGACAGGCAGGGAGCCCACAUCGUUGGCUACUUCUCCAAGGAGAAGGAGUCUCCAGAUGGGAACAAUGUGGCCUGCAUCCUGACCCUGCCUCCAUACCAGCGGCGCGGCUAUGGAAAAUUUCUCAUUGCCUUCAGCUAUGAGCUCUCCAAGCUCGAGAGCACAGUCGGCUCCCCGGAGAAGCCGCUGUCUGACCUGGGCAAGCUCAGCUACCGCAGCUACUGGUCUUGGGUCCUGCUGGAGAUUCUGCGAGAUUUCCGGGGCACACUGUCCAUCAAGGACCUGAGCCAGAUGACCAGCAUCACCCAGAAUGACAUCAUCAGCACCCUGCAGUCCCUCAACAUGGUCAAGUACUGGAAGGGCCAGCAUGUGAUCUGUGUCACACCCAAGCUGGUAGAAGAACACCUCAAAAGUGCCCAGUAUAAAAAACCACCCAUCACAGUGGACUCUGUCUGUCUCAAGUGGGCACCCCCCAAGCACAAGCAAGUCAAACUCUCCAAGAAGUGAGCAGCCUGUGUGCCCCCGCUGCCGGACCUGUGCCUCCUUGCCCCCUUGCCUGUAAAUAUGUACAGACCUAUUUCGUCAUUUUUUUAAUAAAGUGAGUUCUGCCAGUG